AUGUGGGGCCGGCUCGUCGCUGCCUUUGCGACGGUGUGCUUCGCGGCGCCGGCAGACCAUUGGGAGCGGGUGAGGCAAGUUUUGCACCUCCAGCCGCUGAUCGAGGACAUCGCCCUCAUAGUGGGCGAUGGGCAGCAGCGCCUUUUUCACGUGGAGCGCGGGGACAUGACUCUGGAGAAGCCGCUGUGGGUCGCCUCGUCCUCAAAGAUGGUCUUCGUGGUGCGGGCCAUGCAGAUGGUGGAGCAAGGAGUGCUCCAGCUCCACGACCCGGUGAACAGGUAUCUUCCCUACUGGACACAAGACUCCAGUGACCCUCGUUCACAGGUCACUCUGUUCCACCUCCUCAGUUUCCAGUCUGGCUACACCUUCGGCCUGACAAAGGUGGAUUCGUGCUGGCUCAAGCCCUGGCUGAACUUCAGUGCAUGUGUGGAGCGCCUUUACGACUCCCUGCCGCUGGGGGCCGCCCCGGGCACUGUGUGGGACUACAAUGAGUUCCACAAUCAGGUAGUGGCGGCGGUCUUGGAGAAGGUGACUGGCACCGACAUCUACACGCUCCUGUCCGAGGACCUCAGAUCCUGGAACAUGACGCAUAGCCGCUAUCCGCACCACUUCGGGCCGGGGGGCCCGGAUGUGAGCGCCGACCUGGUGACAACGGCUGUGGACUACGAGCAGUUCAUGAUGCGGUACUUUGGCGGGCAGCUCCUUAAGAACGAGACGGUUUCCAUCAUGGAGCAAGAUCACAUGCCUGCAAGGUGCUCUCUGCAAUCCUGUCCCCUCGUUAUCCCACAGGGCCACUAUGGCAUCGGGAAUUGGUGGCUCUGUUCCGGUGACUUCGACCCGCUAAUCCAUCGGACGAAGUUGGAGCCAAUGCCAAAGCGCUGUGUAGAGGCUCAGGUGCACUCGGAUCAGGGGCUCUUCGGCUUCUGGCCUGUUUGGGAUCGCCGGCUGGGCUACUGGAUGCUGCUGGCUGUCCAGGGGCUGCCCCUCCUUUCUGAUUUCAAGGCCGAGCUCCUACAGACAAUUCUGAAGCCCUUUCUCGACAAGGCGGUGCAGGAGCAGCGAGGUGCCACGCCGCUGCCCGACCUGCCACUGCCUGACUGGAGCCUUGCUCAGGCAGACACAAAGGCUCUGUCUCCGAGCAUUGUAGUUUAG